AUGGCAGGGGCCGCAGCGGGCGGCAGAGGCGGAGGUGCCUGGGGACCCGGGCGCGGAGGKGCCGGGGGGCUCCGGCGGGGCUGCUCUCCACCAGUCCCCGCCGGCUCCUCCCGGGCCGGGCUGCAGCCGCUCAGGGCCACAGUCCCCUUCCAGCUGCAGCAGCCGCAUCAGCGCCGGGACGGGGGUGGCCGCGCAGCCAGUGUCCCAUGUUCGGUGGCCCCAGAAAAGUCAGUGUGUAGGCCUCAGCCACCCCAGGUCCGACGUACCUUCUCCCUGGACACCAUCCUCAGCUCCUACCUUCUGGGCCAGUGGCCACGAGAUGCUGAUGGGGCCUUCACCUGCUGUACCAAUGACAAGGCCACCCAGACACCCCUGUCCUGGCAAGAGCCAGAAGGUGAUCGGGCCAGCUCCUGCACACAUAAGCGCUCAGCAUCCUGGGGCAGCACAGACCACCGAAAAGAGAUUACCAAGUUGAAGCAACAACUGCAGAGGACAAAGCUGAGCCGCAGUGGGAAGGAAAAAGAGCGGAGCUCCCCGCUCCAAGGGGACCAUGCUGUGCGGGGAGCACUGAGGGCGUCGCCUCCCAGCUUCCCCUCAGGGUCUCCUGUCCUGCGACUCAGCCCUUGCCUGCACAGGAGCCUGGAAGGGCUCAACCAAGAGCUGGAGGAGGUGUUUGUGAAGGAGCAGGGCGAAGAGGAACUGCUGAGAAUCCUUGAAGUCCCUGAUGGACACCGUGCUCCUGCUCCUCCCCAGAAUGGCAGCUGUGAUCACUCCCUCCUACUGCUGGAGCCAGGCAAUCUUGCCAGCUCUCCUUCCGUGCCCCUGGCAUCCCCCCAGCCUUCUGGCAGGGCCAGCCGUGAAGAGCACCGGGGUGCCAUUGAGCUGGCAUCUGUCCCCAGUGACAAAGCCUAUUCUCCAGGUCACCCAGCCUUCCUUGAAGAUGGCAGCCCAUCUCCAGUCCUUGCCUUUGCCGCCUCCCCUCGGCCCAAUCACAGCUAUGUCUUCAAACGGGAGCCCCCAGAAGGCUGUGAGAGAGUGCGCGUGUUUGAAGAGGCCACGUCCCCAGGUCCUGACCUGGCCUUCCUGACUUCCUGUCCUGACAAGAACAAAGUCCAUUUCAACCCAACAGGCUCAGCCUUCUGCCCUGUCAGCUUGAUGAAGCCACUCUUCCCUGGCAUGGGUUUCAUCUUCCGUAACUGCCCCUCAAGCCCGGGGUCUCCCCUUCCCCCCCCCAGCCCCAGGGCACCAUCUCGGAAGGAUCCAGAGGCCUCCAAGGCCUCCCCACUGCCAUUCGAGCCAUGGCAGCGCACCCCACCAUCAGAAGAGUCUGUGCUUUUCCAGAGCUCCCUGGUGGUUUGAGGGGACCCCCCUCAACUUUACCAUGGAGACCAGUGCCUUGGUGGCAGGCCCCUCUCUAGCUCCCCAA